AUGGAAGGGUAUAUUGAAUGUGCGAUAAGGAAUCUAAAACAAGACGAUUUUCCUGGUAGAUCUCGAUUAAGACCUGAUGCUUUCGUUCUUGAAAAUUACCAAAGGAUGCGAAGGAGAGGAAACGAUUACGGAGAUAGAAUUGCAAGUAAGCGAGGACAAAAACGUAAAAAUACAACGAAAGAAUUGAGAGCACAAGACCUGAUGUUAAGAAGCAGAAGGUGA